UCUAUCAGAGGGUAGUGGCGUUUGAUUUCACAUUCCCGCCCCUGUGCCUUUUACUAAAAAAAUCAGGAAAGUGUUUUCGAUUUGACAGAGGCAACCAUCUUUAAACUUCACCACCAUUCUUUGGUUUAAAGUCCCAAGAGAACUGUGAGCACGAAGAAAGGACAAAUAACCGUAACAAGAGGCUGAACGCACUGGAUUCAUAUAUCAAGCAUGACAGAAAGUCUUUAAUCUUGUGGGAUACGAUUUGGCUAGAGAGGACUCACACGACCAGACAAAAUAAACUUUUCCCCCGAUCGCUGCAAUUAUACAAGCCUCGCUUCGAUACCGGAACGACUUGUGAGUUUGGUCCUCGUUUUAGGAGAGUUGUGGGCCAAAAACCAAAUAAUUCAGCGCUGCUUAAGGAAUGGAGUUUGAACUUGGACCUAAAAGUCCUAAGCGAGCUAAAGUCGCGAACGAAGAGGAUGAAAUAAAGGAGAGCGAAAUUUCGCGAAGUGAGGAGUCGAAGACAUCCGUCGAUUCGACGUCUACAGAGCAAGAACCAACCCAGAAAAGUCAAAAAGCUGAUGAUGAUGUCGUUGUUAUCUCAUCGGAUGAUGACUCUGAUAAAGGUAAAUCAGGAGAGGAAUCUUCAGCGGACGUGACCGUGAAGACAGAGAAAGGUGAAGAUAAAACAACCACAGAUAUACAGACAUCUGAUCAACCUGAAAACUCAUCAACAGAAAUUAAAGAAAAGGAAGAUUCAAAUAAGGAAAAACCAUUAGAGGAAACAAAAGAAUCAAGCACUGAGAAAGUUGACAAAAGUGAUAACAAACCUUUGCCAAAUUCGCCCGGCUCACCAGAUGAAUGUAUAUCACAGGAAGAUCUUCUUGCUCAUCUAGGCCUUGGCUCAGUGCGAGCUAUUUCAAACCCAAAGCCAAAGAAAGAUGAUAAAGUUUCUAAUGGUUUAUUAACUGAGCGUAGGCCACUCAUACCUCAUAAACCCAAGGAAAGUAUUGUUGAUCUUCUGCGUGCGCCGAAAUUGAAGGCUCACGAGGAGAAAGGCAAGACCAAUGGUGAAACACCUGUAACAGUAGUAAAUGGAGUUAGCGAUGAUGACGAUUCGGCACCAGGUACACGCACCCCUAGCGAGGCUGAUGAUGAUGAUGAAUUGCUCGCCAAAGAGCAGUUAAUCGAGGAGCUGAGACAAGAGCUGCGAAAUGAGGAAGCAAAGCUUUUGUUAUUGAAAAAGAUACAAGCGGCACAGAAUGACCCUAAAGCUAGUAUAAAGUUCAUCAAGGAGAAAGAAAAUGAAAAAAUUCUGUCAACCGUGCAGUAUUCUGGAAACAAGUCUGGCCAUAAUCAGCUAUCAAGUAAGAAAAAUCAAUCGCUACCGCCACCUCCACCGCUGAAAACUCAUAUUUCAACAUCUGGGACCUAUCAGCCACCUGUCGCUAUUCAACCGAAAAUCCUUCCAAAGGUCAGCAAUGUGCAAUCCCUUCACGUUUCAAAACAGGUCAAUCAAUCAACAAGCUCUAAAACRCAAACAAGAUCUGGAACGUCUGCAAUCAAAGACCUGCAGAAUGUAAUAAGCUCUAUGAGCACGAACUUGAUCCAUCCUACUCCUAUGUAUCCACGUGCUGGUUCUCAGGGGGGUGCAACUGUGUACACAACUCAUUCUCAGAGUUCCCCUGUGAGGCCUACACCAGUACGGGCCAAUAACCCACCAUCGGGUUCAUCUAGUAGUGGAUACGCUUCUUUUCCUAGUCACAUUUCAUCCAAAGCAUCUGUUAGUUCACCACCUGCCACAAGCGCCGGGAAGCAGGCUGCAGCUAAAAUGGCUUUGCGAAAGCAACUAGAGAAGACCCUCCUUCAAAUACCACCGCCCAAGCCACCGCCAGCUGAAUGGUCGUUCAUUCCAAAUCUGAACAGCACAGAGUUCAUGACAUUGGUCGGGUUUGAAAUGGUUGUUGACGCAAUCUCACUCAAAGAAAAUGUUAAGAAAGGCAAAUCGGUGCCGUUGUCAAUAAAAUCUAAUAUCGAGAAUCCUAAAGUUUGUGGACAAUGUAACACAGACUUCACACCAUGYUGGAAGACCAAGAACAAGGAGGGGGUCGAUGUUCUUAUGUGUGAGAAAUGCAGCACAGUUAAUGUGAAAAAGGAGCUCAAGACGGAGCAUACAGCCCGACUCAAAGCUGCUUUCCUUAAAGCUUUAAAGCAAGAGCAAGAGAUUGAGCAGAAGAUGAGUGAGUCGACUCCCAUUGCUCCUAAACCUCAGUUAUCAACAAAGUCAUCCAGCCAUCAGUCAUCAAGUAGCAGUAGCAGUAGUUCAAGGCAUCACCAUAUCACACAUCAUCAAGGGGUACUCCAUGCAAGUCAUCGUCAUCGUCAUGUUCAGGGGUUGUAUCACCAUCACCAGCAACAUCAGGAUUCUCUUCUUUACCAGCUGCAACAGCAGCACUUACAACAACAGCAGCAAGAAUUGGAGGUAGCUGCACGUCGCCAUGGGGAUGUUCGGUGGCAUCCUUAUCUUCCUGGCCACCACCACUCUUCCCAUAAACCACAGCAUCACCACAGUCUCGUAUCUGAGUCGGAUAGGCAGUAUCUACUGGACAUGAUACCGUCUUUACCAGCACAGUCUUUAAAUUAUAGCUCCAGCAGAAUCUAGAACYUGACAUAUAAAGAUGAAUAUAAUAGCUAAUUGUUUGAUUAUUGAUGUAGAUUUCCUAUAUUGAGCCACUAGUGCUCCGUGUGGAGAAAAUAGUAUCAAAAAUUAAUAUUAUUAAAAAAAAGACAAUUGAACAUUCAACAGAGGACACGCCAUUUUGAUCUAUUUUGACUUGUGAAAACCCUUCAAAUGGCUGUAAAAUUGUUUAUACUAGCUCCUUGCUGCUAACCAACACAAUGGUUUCUUUCUUUUUCAUCAUCUUUCGAUGACCUAAAUCAAGUUAGUGGGACGUGUAUUAAGUAGACAAAUCUUACUCGACUCUUGCAUGGAGAAACGACCAUUGCCAACUGUAAUUAUGCUAUGUACGUCGGUGCACUAAAGAAUGAUAGGUAGUAUAGUCCGCACAYUUUUUUGUGUCCGSUAAAACAUGUUUUCUUUGUAUUAUUUCUGUAAAGUAAAYUCGACAAAGGAUUUUGAGGGUUAWUAUUWAAGCGCACAUUAAAAAGAUUUUAUUACCCGUCAUUUUUUGUGCUCGAAGAAAGCUUUUCUCCACAUAGCAUAAUGCGCGGUCGCUUGACCRUGUUUGGAAUGGAAAUAAGGACAAAUCRGUUGGUAUUCACGCUGUAUGUAAURACGUUGAGUAAUAUUGCUUAGUUUUUCACAUGAAGUAAAUCGGGGUAACCUCCAUUUUAUUAUCCGCUCCACGUUGAGGAAUUUCAGAAUUGUGCUGAAUGGGUGAUUGAACUGGAAGGUGGAUUUUGAAAUUAAUGUUUAUCAGAAAAGUAAAUGGAGGUUUCCUUGAGUUCGAGCUGCGUGUGRCUAAAGCAGGCAUGGAACUGGAAAAUGCACGACCGAAAGAUGCCAUGGGUUUUCGAUGGCAAUCUUCCAUCAAGGCAGUCGCUACUGUUGUAUCUUCAUUUAUAUGAAGAUCUUUGAUAAUGAUUUUGGUUCUCGUUGUUUAGGAAAUAUAUGAAUAUUGUUCAUCGAAGAUAAAUACCACUGCUUUUGGUCGUGCAAGUCCUAUUAUACUCUGUCAACCUGAUUUAAAAUAGCCGUAUAUUCUUUUUUCCAAGUUUAUAGAAUAUAUUUUUGGAAGGAACAGAAUUUGGAAGGGUAACACAAGAGAGUCGCCUGUAUAACAGAUAUCUUUUAACUAAAACGAUUGAGCUAUCUCAAAACUGUUGGUUUGGGAGGUACGUGAAAUCGUCAAGUACCCUGAACGCGAGGCUUCUCUAUCCAAUCGAACUCUACCACUUGAUUGCGGUCUAUCUUUUAUUUUCGGUCAUUGCAAACUWCAAAUUAUUCAGUAAGGACAGCCACUUAGUCCCUUACAUUGACUUAUUAUUUAUUACAGAGAAACUCAUAAAAUAUUGUAUUUGAACAAUUUCAGUCAUGAAAGAAUAAAAACCUUAAAGUUUA